AUGUCAAGCUUAAAAGUGUCUCAGCAAGAUAAGAAAUGGGUUAACUCUGGCAGUGUAGCUAUAUUAGCUUACUGUGCUUCUUCUAUAUUAAUGACAAUCACCAAUAAAGUGGUCAUGUCUGAUAGAACAUUCAAUAUGAACUUCCUAUUGUUAUUUAUUCAAUCUCUGGUCUGUGUUAUUACAUUAUUAGUAUUGAAAGUUCUUGGAUCUGUUAAUUUCCGUUCUUUUAAUAAGACAGACGCUAGAAAUUGGUUCCCAAUAUCUAUCUGUUUAGUCCUUAUGAUAUUCACUUCCUCCAAAUCUUUACAAUAUUUGUCUGUUCCUGUGUAUACUAUUUUCAAGAAUUUGACUAUUAUUGUAAUUGCUUAUGGUGAAGUCUUAUUCUUUGGUAGUUCAGUAGGAAACAUGGAAUUAGGUUCAUUUGCAUUAAUGAUUGUUUCUUCCUUGAUUGCUGCACAUGGUGAUUAUCUACACUCUGUUGAAAGAUUGAAAAAAAUGUUGGGACCAAAUGUUAGUUUCAGUUUCAUUGUCAAUAUCGGUUACUUCUGGAUCGCUGCUAAUUGUUUUGCAUCAGCUUUAUUUGUCUUGUUAAUGAGAAAAAGAAUCCAAGUCACUAACUUCAAAGAUUUUGACACUAUGUUCUAUAAUAAUGUUUUGUCUUUACCAUUAUUAUUACUAGGUUCAUAUCUGUUCGAAGAUUGGUCACAAGAAAACUUGUUACCACAUGUAGACAUUGAUAAUUUAUCCACUAUGAUCAUUUCAGGUUUAGCUUCUGUUGCAAUCUCCUAUUGUUCAGGUUGGUGUGUCCGUGUUACUUCAUCAACUACCUAUUCCAUGGUAGGUGCUUUGAACAAGUUACCAAUUGCACUAACAGGUUUUUUGUUUAAUGACGCUGCAAGAAACUUGUCCUCAGCAGCAUCCAUCUUGUUGGGUUUUGCUUCUGGUAUCAUCUAUGCUGUCGCCAAGCAAAAGAAGUUGCAAAACUCUGAGAAGAUUUGA